CAGAUCCCAACAAUGACGCUGAUAUGAGUGUAACACGUGACCUCCAAAGUAACCCUGGAGGACCAGAAGAACUGUCAGACUUCAUCCUCCCCGAUCUGAUAGACUCCCCAGUGGACAACUACAGAGUGGCUAUAUCAGGAGCUCUGGUUAUAGACCAGGGAACGCAAACUACAGCAGCUGAUCCGGUGGCGAGAAGGGGGGUUAAAACAGCUACCCCCACAAGUGUAAAGGGAGCUACCCCGACAAAGGGGGCUACCCCGACAAAGGGAGCUACUCCCACCAGUUUGAAGGGGGCUACUGACUCGGAUAUAGCUACAUCAGCCCUGGAAAGAUGGGCAAAGAAAUAUCAGACAUCUAAAAAUACACCAACAGCAAGACACAGUGCCGACCACAAACCAACAAAAGAGAGAAAACAAUCCAUCGCUGAUCAAAACAGUCCAAGACAUAGCGCAGGGUCCAGUCCUGUGAGCACUAAAAGGAGGAAUAGUCACCAAGGUAACCAUGAUGCUAACCUUGGUAAGUCCUCUCCCUGCCCUUCCAACGCCUCCAAAUCUGAACAAACCGGACCGAAAACACUUAAAACCAAGAUAUACGACAUCUUGGAGAAUCCGGAGACUGGUUUGGUAGCUCAGACUUUUAGUUGGGUAAGCAUGGGUCUUAUUGUACUCUCCGUGGCAACAUUCAUUGCGGAAACUAUGCCCAAAUUCAGAGCGGACCUUAAAAAGCCCUGGUAUACAACUAAUACUGGAAUGUUCUUCUUCGGUUCCGAGACGUUCUUUAUCGCAUUCUUCACUCUGGAGCUGCUCGGGAGAUUUCUCUCGUGCCCUAAUAAGAAAGGAUUUGCGAAAAAUCCUCUGAACAUUAUCGACCUGAUAUCUAUUCUACCUUACUACGUAGAGCUUAUGGUCCCAAAGAGUGACGAUGGUGAAGGGAGCAGUAGCUCCAUGACGUCAUCUCUGGUUGUUCUGCGUGUUCUGCGCUUGUUCAGAGUGCUCAGGAUAUUCAAGCUAGGUCGCCAUAGCAACAACAUGAUAGCGUUUGGGAUAGCGCUGAGGGGCAGUAUGAUGGAGCUGAUGUCUCUAGGUCUCUUCCUUGCUAUUGAUAUUGUCGUCUUCGCCAGCGUGUUGUAUUACUGUGAGAUGAAGGACGAUGGUAGUAUUGCUAUAGAUGAUCCCAACAACUUCUCAAGUAUCCCAGCAUCCUGCUGGUGGGCUGUAGCGACUAUAACUACUGUUGGUUACGGUGAUAUGUACCCUCGCACUUGGCUUGGCAAGAUAUUUGGUAGUUUCUGUGUUUUUAGUGGCAUUCUUGUGAUUGCCUUUCAGGUGCCCAUCAUCGUGGCAAAGUUCACGUGGACCUACAUGCAAGUAAACAAGAUGUCAGACGAAGACACAAUGGAGUCUGUGGAGGAAGAGGAUGACUCAGAGCAAGAAGAUAGCAAACCAGAUCAGUAGUAACACUGUCACUUCCAAACCAGAUCAAUAGUAACGCUGUCACUUCAUGAUCUGUCACUUCGGUCAUUCUUGAGACGUUAUUCAAAACAUGGUUUAUUUUGUUGUGGCAGUGCCAAACAUAUGUUCAGAUAACUUUGAAAUGGACAGUGAUUACAAUAUGAAUAGUGAAUACCAUUCUUCGCUUCUUCGGGGUACAUUUAGUAAUAGUUGUUGUUUUCUGAUAUUAAUUUUAUCGCGUUUACACUUGUUAAUUAAUUAUAAUUUCUUUAAUCUGAAGGUGAGGCAUGAAGAAAAUACCAGGAUUGAAUUAUUCAUUAUACAGAUUUACGUUAAACUUUUGUUUUUAAACGGAUUCUAAAGAAAUUUCAGACGAACAGCGAAUGAGAUUUAAUGAGAAAUAUACUUAAAUUCCGUGUAAAGCAUAUUUUAUUAAUGGAAAUAUAAUCGAAAAUAUAAUCGAUUUAUUUACAUUUCAAUAAAUUAAUCGAUCAAUUAAGGUACUUACCCUAGUAGGGUUAAGCAUGUUCUGCUCUGCUAGGUCCACUUUGGUUAGUACAAAUAUCGUCCUCUUCCCUUUAGGGUCAUGUGCCUGGUAACAGACAUAGUAUCGGAACAGUUUAACAUCCAGUACAUAGUGCUCGAUGAACUUAAAACUUGUGGUGUAGUGCUGCAAAUGUUUUACGUCUCGAAUUUUAACAUCGAUUAUAAA